CAGAAGGCGGAGUUUAUUACUAGUGAGCACGGUGCAAAGCGUCGACUUGCAUCCUACGUCCAUCCAUCUCAUCCUCACACGGCGGCACAGUAUCCAUCUAUCCAUCCCAGGCAAGGUGCACCCGAGCGGGCAUUAGCGGAAGGAUGCUGGCAUGUACAGAGAUGAUCACCAUGUGUCUGCAGUCAGCCAAGCAGCAACAUCUCAGCAAGCAGCAGAAAGCUUGUGACCACAACCAUAACCACACUGCACCCCUUUUUCACGAUAUAUUCCGACGGGCUGACAAAAAUGAUGACGGGAAGCUGUCCUUGGAGGAGUUCCAGUCAUACUUCAGCGACGGCGUCCUCACAGAGGAGCAGAUGCAGGAGCUUUAUUAUUCAAUCGACAGGCAGCACACAGACAACAUGGACAUCGACAAACUCUCAGAGUACUUCAGUCCACAUGUGGGGGAGUACGUCAGUGUCCUGUCUGCUUUGGAAAAGUUGAAUGUGGCUAUUUUAAAGGCCAUGGAUAAAACUAAAGAGGAGUAUCAGGGCUCCUCAGUGCUGGGUCAGUUUGUGACACGCUUCCUGCUCAGGGAGACCUCCACCCAGCUGCAGUCCCUGCAGUCAUCAUUGGACUGUGCCAUGGAGGCUGUGCACGACCAAGGCUGCACUGGCAGGAGGACAGUGAAGAAACCAGAGAACCUGCCCAUCCAGAGGGUGACCAAACGUCCGGGCCGACGCAUCCAGAAGAACAUGUGUCUCUCCCCGACGGACCCUUACUCUGGCAUGCUGACCACAGGGGUCAGCGUGGAGUCAGAGUACCAUUGGGGCUCCCAGGUUGACCAGUUGGAGCAUCUCAUAGAUAAGCUGGACUGUGAGAGUCCACAUUUGGAACCUCUCAAAGAAGACACACUGGCAGGGACGUAUAAAUCGAACAUUCUUCUGGUCCAAAGACAAAUGUCAGUGAAGGAACAAGACGUAGAGAACUUUCAACAAGCUCUGAAGAUCUACAUAGAGGCCAGCACUGGACAACACGACAACCUGCACAUUUCAGUCCAGAACUUACCAGACAGAUCUUGCUUCAUCAUGUACGAAUUUUGGCAGGAUCGCCUCUCCUGGAUGAGCUUCCUGCAAUCGACCAUCAGUAAGACGUUCCAGCGCUGCAUCAUCGACUCACUGGAAGAGCCAGAGAUUGUCUCCACUAUGCUCCUCCCAGCUUCCUGGUGGAUUAUGAACAACAACUGACGGAGCAAAGCUGCUUUGGAUCAGCGCAGAUUUGAAGAGAAAAUGGGAUUUGUUUUUGUUGCUCUUUUCUUAAAGAUAUUCUCAUUUUCCUCAAGGCAUGUUGGCCAGAAUAUUUGUCGCAAAGCUUUGCUUCAAUGUAUAAAAUGAUGAAACCAAGCUUGAAUAGAAGAUAAUGCAAUACUUAAUUGAGAAAUCAGGAUGAAUAGUAAUAAUAUUGAUGGAGCACACCUCUUACUCUUAAUUUAUUAGAAGCACAAAACACUGACAAUAAUGCAUGAUUUCCUAUAGAUACUACUUUGUCAUUUUAUGUCAUGCUAAAAUAAGAAAUUCAACUUAAAGGCCUACUGAAAUGAGAUUUUCUUAUUUAAACGGGGAUAGCAGGUCUAUUCUAUGUGUCAUACUUGAUCAUUUCCCGAUAUUGCCACAUUUUUGCUGAAAGGAUUUAGUAGAGAACAUCGACGAUAAAGUUCGCAAAGUUUGGUGCUGAUAAAAAAGCCUUGCCUUUACCGGAAGUCGCAGACGAUGAGUAAGGGUGAGGGCUCCUCACGUCCUCACAUUGUUUUUAAUGGAAGCCUCCAGCAGCAAGAGCUAUUCGGACCGAGAAAACGACAAUUUCCCCAUUAAUUUGAGCGAGGAUGAAAGAUUCGUGGAUGAUGAUAUUGAUAGCGAAGGAAUAGAAAAAUAAAUAAAAAAUAAAAUAAAAUAAAACGCAACGGCUCCGGGCGGUGGCAGUGUGAGCGUUUCAGAUGUAAUUAGACACAUUUACUAGGAUAAUCCUGGAAGACCCCUUAUCUGCUUAUUGUUUUAAUAGUGUUUUAGUGAGAUUGUAAAGACAUACCUCGAGGUCGAAUGGCUGCGGUGAACACACAGUGUCUCAGAGAGAAGCCGAGGAGCCAAGCUCACAGCUGCCUUUUAAACAGCUACUGCAGGAGGACAAAUAAUCCAAGGAUGUCUCCGGUAAGAUAUAUAUCACAAUUUUCCCAUCCAAAAACAUGCUGGUUGACGUAGAGAAACAUGUUCGCUUGACCGCUCUGUGUUAAAAACAAAGAAACACCGGCUGUGUCUCGGUGCUAAAGACAGCUGCAAUCCACCGCUUUCCACCAACAGCAUUGUUCUUUAUAGUCUCCAUUAUUAAUUGAACAAAUUAAAAAAGAUUCAGCAACACAAAUGUCCAAAUUACUGUGUAAUUAUGCGAUGAAAAGAGACGACUUUCAGCUGUAACUGGUGCUGAGCUAAUAUUUCCUGACAGUCAGUGAUGUCACGCGCACACGUCAUCAUUCCGCCACGUUUUCAACAAGAAACUCCGUGGGAAAUUUAAAAUUGCAAUUUAGUAAACUAAACCAGCCGUAUUGGUAUGUGUUGCAAUGUUAAUAUUUCAUCAUUGAUAUAUAAACUAUCAGACUGCGUGGUCGGUAGUAGUGGGUUUCAGUAGGCCUUUAACUCCAAUUUUGAAUAUUAAUAAAAAUGAGUUAUUCUCAUUUCGUUUUGUCCAAGUUGUGAUCUUGUGUGCUACUAUUGCUAUCUAGCCUCUUUCUGCUAAUGGAUGAAAACAUCCUCGAGAUUAGACAAAAAAAUGUUACUGACAAUAAUGAUCCAUAUGUAAUUAUUUAUUCUCUUUUGUCACACUUGCACUUUAGGGGAAAAAACAUGGACUUAAUUGUUCAAACAGGUAGAUUUAAUGUAGAUUGUAAAUGUAUUUUAAGUGAGUUUCACUUUAAAUACAGCAACAUUAGCUGACAAUUAACACCUUAGUAACCAAAUAACAUAAAACUCAAAAGCCAGUGUUAUAACCAGUGGACACUCAAGUAGAUGUUUAUAUUUUGGAUGCAGAAAGUGUUGUGUGUAAUGACACUAGAGAAUACAAGUCUAUUGUGUAAUCAUCAAUGAAAGUAGUUCACAUAAGUCCAUGUACAGUUUGAUGGUUGCUACUACUUUAAUGUGAUGCGUGUUUACAGUCUGUGCAUGAUGUAUAAAUCAUAGAGAAAAUAUGUCAAGCUUUUUAAUUUAAUAUUUGAUCAAGAAUGUGAAAUUGUUCUGUGGAUGUUCUGUUUGUUUUUUGGCAUGAAAUAAAAUUAAUGACAUGCACAAAAUGUUGACAUACAUGCAUAAUGGACUAUUUGCAAACUUCCGAAAGAAGUGCAAACUUCCGAAAGAAGUGCACACAUAGCUUUCUCCUGGUAUUAAAGUAUUAACUGAA